AGUCCGAAACUUUAGCUAAUUAGUGGAGAGUGCGCGCGCACACACACACACACACACUCACACACACACAGAGGCGUGCGCGCGGCUGUGAGGGACCGGAGCUCUCCUUUAAACCCGCGACACGCCUCCGGCAUCAGCGGGUCGCUGUACAGAUGUGAAGGUGUUCUCACACACACUCACACACACACACACACACGGGGCCGUCGCUCUCCCUCCCACUCCGUUAUCGCUCUCCGUGUUUUAUGUCUGCGUCACAACAAGUCGCGAGAGAGAGAGAGAGAGAGAGAGAGAGAGAGGCGGAGAUGAUGGCGUCUCUGGCGGGCUCCACUGUCUCUGACAGCCGCGUUUAAUAACAUCAGCGGGAGACGAAAAAAAAAAAAAAAAAAAAAAAAAAAAAAAAGCACGGGAACAUGACGAAACGGCGCUCGCGCAGGACGGCCGGCGGCGACACAGACGGACGGACCAAGCGCGCGACCGCUCACUGACUGACACUGACGCGUCCAGGGGUUUUAUUAUUUUUGGCGCGCGCGCGUGUGCGCGUGUGUGAGUGUGUGUGUGUUUGUGUGUGAGUGUGUGUGUGUGUGUGUGCGUCCAUCAUAAAUCCGUAUCGCCGACAGUAAUUGUGAGGCGCGGCGAAAACAUCACAGCGGGAAGGUCGGACGUUUCAUGUCAAGCUCGCGCGGCGGGCUCGGUGACCCCGCGCGACUUUCCAGGUUAGCUCGCGAGCCCUUUGCCAGCAGAGCACAGCUCGUGCGAUUAUCUUUUUUUCUUUUUUUUUUUUUUUUUUCUGCUUAAUUAAUUGAUUCACGGGCUCAUCGUGCGUGUGUCGCGCGCAUGUAUCCAGAGUUGCAUGCACGGAUCCUUACAUGCAUUCUAAAUUAUUCAGUUCAUAAUUGACUUGAUCUUUUUUCUUUAAUCUGCAUGCAGAUGAUAUUGAUGCGUUAUGACGGCGCUGUGAGCGGAGUGCACUACAAUAGGCUGUUGCAUAAGGAUGAAUGCAUUUGAUCAUGUGUGCCACUGCAUAGCUGAUUGCCUCAGUGCAGCUGCCUCAGUGCUGAAUGAUGCUGAUCAUUCAAACACCGUCCUGUCGCCAUGCACGCGCCUGACUCUGAGUGAGAUUAGCACUUUAGCUUUCUGAAGACUCUCAGGGCACAAGUGCACAACUUUGCUACAGUUAGCUGGGGUUUUUUCACUCUUAACAAAACUUCUACAAAAUGCUCUCAGGUGCGCUUGAGCUGAGAAACGGCACACUUGUGGUUCUUGUGGUUCUCGUUUUGGGCGAGUACGUGAGCUCUUUGAGGUCCUGUUUCUCCAUUUGGGGUUCAAAACUGUUCUGAGUGUGCACUUCUCUGGGAAAAAUCUCAAUCAGUGUUCUCUCAGAGCAAAACUCAGCAAGGACAGUUCUGAAGACCAAAUAAAAUGUAGUCUUCAGGUGUCUUUCUUUAUUCAUUUAUCUUAUCCCACACCACUGUUCGGUUCUGGCUUCUGACUGGUCAGAAGGUGUUGAUUAAUUUCUAUAACAGCAGCUCUGACAGUAGUACAUCUGCAAGUCACAGGUUUUUAUGAAUAUUAAUGCGCCCUUUCCAAUACAUUAUUGUUUCUAUAGUAACAGCUCAUUCACAGGGACUUGUACAGCAGACGCUCCACUAAUAAUAAAUGGAUUAAAAAUAAUUGUUGAUGUGGUGAAGUUUCCUGUAAAGAGAUAAAGGAGUUUCUCUCCCUAUGAGUCUCCAGUCUCCUAAACAGACCACAUUACAGUUAUUCCGCUAUCAGCCCCGUGUCUAACACAGCAGCACGCGUUUGGAGUUCCUGUCACGUUCCAAAGCUGAGAUCCGAGGCUCGAAGAUGGUGGGAAAUGGGAUUUAUUUUUCAUCUCAGAAAACCUAAACUGAAAGCAAUGCAAAUUCUGAAAUUAAACAAACAGAAAGGCACAAUUCUUUCACUAUUUCUGGUGGAAAUCUCUGACAUGUUAGGCAUCAAACAGCAUCUACUCACCUAGGAGACAAAUCCUACUGUUGUAUUUAGACGUCCAGGAAGAGUGAAAUUUAGCAACCGGUCCUACUUGAACUGAGUGUUCCCAUGUCCAACAUAUGGAACCCUGUUGAAUAUAUCAGAGCCUCAGAUCUCGGCUUUGGAGCGUCAUCGGAAGACCAAACUUAUGCCGCUGUUUUUGUCUUCACGUCCCUAAGACACUGUGUGAAUUUAAGGAAAAUUGGAGAAAGUCACAUUUUUCACUCCAGAAGACUCUAAGGGGUUAUCCUAGUGACAGGCUCAUUCAUAAACGGAUUAUAAAACGUGUUUAAUUGUAGAUAUGGUGAAGUUUUCUGCAAGGAGACGCUUAUGUAACAUUUAUGGAAGGAGUCUCCAGUGUCAGCAAUUUGUAACAGUCUGUAACUUCACUUUUUCCAACAUCUUUACGACAGAGGAGGUUACUCUAUGCGCUUUCUCAGUAACAUAAAAUAACAAGCUUAUUAACUUCAAGAGGGAAAUAAACGAGAGGCCAGUGAGGGAACGACUGUUUACAGCUGCUAUAACGUAAGUGAAAACAGGAACUAACUUGUUUUUUUGGAUGUUCCACACCAUUAAAUGUAACUAUAAACGGAUAAAAAUUAUGAUGUGUCAUUCUUUAAUAAAUUCACUUGUAAAUGCUGGCAACUUGGUGUGGUGUAGGAGGAAUGAAACUCUUGGGGACAUGCUGUUAUAGGAAAAUAAUCUUCAGGGUUGUAACAGUAACUCUGUCACUUUCUGUUUUUGUGUCUAGAGCUAGCUUUCUCUGUAUUCCAUGUGUGAAACUUUUUUGUUUUUAUGCAACACAGAUCUGGAACACACCAUUAAACACUGGUCAGGUUACAUCUACCAUCUGUUACUGAUUUAAAAAUCCUAUUUUUCACCUUGGCUUUUAUCAGCUGUACUUUCACUGGCAUGUUACUUUUACAUUCCAUUGUAUAUUGUAUUAAUGAUUAUAAUUUUGUUCCAUUUUUACCCACUUUCUACUUUCUACCAUUUAUUUUUUAAUAUAUAACAUUCUACUUUCUGUCACUACUGUUACCUGUUGCAUUAUUAUUAUUUGCCUAGUUUACAUGUUUGCCCUAUUUACCUAUUUUAAAAAAUAUUUAAUUAUUUUUUUAAUUAUUUUUUUGGUGAUAGAGCCGCUUCUACCACCAAUGUUGCCACUUCACAGCGUUUCAGGUUUGAUCCUGAGCUCAGGUUUCUGUCUGUGUGGAGUUUUGCCUGUUCUUCCUGUUUUCACGUAGGUUUCCUCCGGGUUCUCCGGUUUCCUCCCGCUAUCCAAAAACAUGCAGAUGGGCUACGCUAAAUUGUCCAUAGGAGUGAGUGUGUGUGUGUGUGUGUGUGUGUGUGUGCACGGUGCCCUGCGAUGGACUAGCGUCCCAAUCCCGGGUGAAUUCUUCCUCACAUAUUUGUCAAGCACUUUGAGCAAUAUUUUAAAUGUAUGAAAGGCGCUUAUAUGUAAUAAAUAAAUUUUAUUAUUCAAGGGAUGCUAAACUUCAGUUGUCUACUCAGCAGAAUAUGAUAAAGGUGUCACAUGUAGUUAAGUGAGUGAAUGAAGAGGUAUCAUGAAGACACCAAUAAAACAAAACGCAACAUCCUGGACGUUAAUGCCGUUAAUUCUUUCUUCUUGUUUGAGAUAUUGGAGCAUCCCAGAAAUGUGUCCUGUGGCUCCAUUUGGGACAGAACCAGAACUCUGGACUGGCCCUCCAGCCUCCCAGAACCUGAACAGUUCUUCCUUGCUCUAAGGGCUUCUUCUGGACUGUUAACUGUUCUUGCAUGUGUGUGUGUGUGUGUGUGUGGUGUGUGUGGUUGCUUUUUGACAUGCCUGUGUCCAUCUCUGCACUCAGGAUGGGUGUGGUCACUGAAGGAGAAGACGUCUUAGCACGAUGGAGCGACGGACUUUUAUACCUAGGCAACGUCAAAAGAGUAGACGUCGUCAAGCAGUGUUGUUUGGUCAGAUUUGAGGAUAAUUCCGAGUUCUGGGUCCUCAGGAAAGACGUUCACUCGUUCUCAGCCAGUGGAGAGGAAGUGUGUUGUGUCUGUGACGGUCCUCCUCUUAAAGAGCCACUCAUAAACUGUCUGAAAUGCCGCCACAGUUAUCAUGCUCAGUGCCACACUCCGGCCAUCGACCCCGAGGUGGACAGCGACUCCUGGAUCUGCCGCCACUGCGUCUUUGCCGUCGCCACCAAGAGAGGCGGAGCCUUAAAACGAGGGCGCUUUGCUCGACUCAUGCAGCUGAUGAAGUUGAGGCUGCCCUAUCAGCUUUCCACUCUGGACUGGGACGCUCAGCAUCUGACCAAUCAGCAACAGUGUUACUGCUACUGCGCCGGCCCAGGAGAGUGGAACUUGAAGAUGCUGCAGUGUGGCAGUUGUGGCCAGUGGUUUCAUGAAGCCUGCACUCAGUGCCUGACCAAACCUCUGCUAUACGGAGACAGGUUUUAUCACUUCCAGUGUUCAGUGUGUACAAAUGGCCCUGAGACCAUUCAGAGACUUCCCAUGACCUGGGUAGAUUUGGCCCAUUUGGUGCUGUAUCAUCUGUCCCUGUGCUGCAAGAGGAAAUACUUCGAUUUCGAUCAUGAAAUAAUGGCCUUCACCAACGAGAACUGGGAUUCUUUGCUGUUAGGCACGUUGUCAGAUACGCCUAAGCAAGAUCGCUGCCACAAUCUGCUCAAUGCAUUAAAUUCCCACAAGGACAGGUUCGUCUCGGGGAAAGAGAUCAAGAAGAAGAAGUGUCUUUUUGGACUUCAAGUGCGAGCUCCGCCGCCGCUGUCGUCCGAUUCCUCACCCCUCAUCACCGAGCAGCCCAUCAACAUCACGCACCGCAAAAGCCCGCUGUCACUGCCGUGCCAGAGACGACCGGUGGGCUCCGAGUCUCGCAAAUCAAAGCGGCGCAUCGUCGAGACACUUCAGCAGCCGUGUCCACCUGCUAACCAGAUCAAUCUAGUGCCAUGUUGUCACGGGUGUGUGAACGGUGCAAGCGUCUACAACUCCCGGAAAUCCGAGGAGGAAUUAGCGCUGGGGUCACCCCCCAAGAGAAUGUUCUCUCUGUAUCACCCGUCGUGUAACGGAUCUCAGGGUCUGCCUCGAACUCUGCAUCACUACAGUGCUGAGGACCCAUGUCGACUUCCUGCGCCCUGUCUCCCCUUCUCCAUGUCGUCCACUCACCCACCAGGCCAGAGGUUUGAGCAAUGCCCGUCUCUGUUCCUGCACGACGUCGCCCCCUACCCCAACGGAGUGAGCUUGGAAGGGCACACGGCGGCACGAGGCUGGGGCGGAGGCGAGGCUGUGAGGAUCCUGGCCAGACGCAUCACGCCAGACGGAAAGGUCCAGUACCUGGUGGAGUGGGGAAACGUGAGAGUUUAUUAGAGAGAAAACAAACAAAACUGCUGAUGGCACGACAGAAAAAUGACACUAAUCCAGGUGGAGGCUCGACAGUGACUUCACUCUGUGGGAUUAAACUGUUAGAAAUCAUCCCGCUCUCCUUUCCACGGCGUCUCCUGUACUUCGAAUACUGUUAGAAAACACCUUUAGAAUGCCUUGAACUUUACUAUCCUGAUUUGUAUCAUAUAUAAUAUUAUAGAUAUAUUCAUGUUAAUUACAUGUCUGAAUUAUGAGAUUCUUUUUAAAGAGAUUUAUGGCAAGGUGGUAAAUUACAUCAGUAUUUGUAACAAUACCGUAAGACGAAAGGAGGGCAUCCUGGAUAAAUUCUCAUGAUAUGUUAUAAUGAGUUACCUCGUAUUAUGCAAGUUUAAUUUUAUAUGAUUGAUGAUGAGAAGAGUUCAUUUUGCACAUUUAGAGAUAAUCUGAAAUGUCCUGUAGCACCUCUCUUUUAUUCUCUUUUUAUUCAAAUAUAUUAUUUUGGUGUUGAAUAUAUACAGUAUAAGUUUAUAUGAGUGUAUUAUAAGUGCACUAUUUUGUUUUAGGUCCGUAGUGAGAAAACAGCAGAUGUAAACAUUUCCAGAAAAUGCACAAAAAUGUCAGCGUUUCAUGAGUGAGACUUUCGUUUGAUGUUUAAAAAACUAGGAUAAAUUAAAAGUGAGGACAAAUUAUUUCAAACAUCGCAAACUGUUUGUUAAACCCAUUUAAAUAAUUUAUUACUUAGGUUUUUAAAUAUUAUCUCCAUAAAUAAGUGUGUACUGAAUAAAAUGGAAGCAACUGGUUUUUAAAUCAUUAUUUUAGUUAUUAAUUAAUUAUUUAAUUAUUAAUUAAUAACUAAAUUAAUUCAUUAUGAAUGAUUA